CAAAAGGAAAAGUUGAAUUGUAAUCCAGUUAAGAGAAAGCAUGCUGACGAUAUAUAAUUUCUAGAGGUUGUUACAUUCGACCUGGAAUGAUAUAUUUAUAGCGUGGUAACAAUUUUUAAAAGUGAAUACGAAUUCAGUAGUUUUUCUUGCAAACAAAAGAAGAUUGGAAUGAAGAGCUGAUUUUAAGAAGUGACGGUCUGUGCACGUUUGACGGUUUUCAAGGGUCAAUUAUCUAAUUUUUGAAGACUUUGAAAUCAUACUUCAUUUAUUUCCCAGAAAAGAAUAUAAGCAGUCGCAUUAUAAAACAGAAUAGCGAUGUCAACUAGAGUAAUUUUGCAUCAACAAGUGUUGAAGUGCUAAUGUUUACUUCCUUUGGGGUCACCGGUAGAUGUCUGUAUGAUCAAAGGUUAUGUUGUCGAUAUUGUCCAAUCAACAGAGACUCUUUAAUAGCGCGGCUAAUUUAAUGCGAUCUUUUGGUGGGAAACUUCAAAGCGCCCGAUCGCAAAGUUGGACAGGACGAAAAAAAAAUCUGGGAAAGAAAGAUAAAGACAAAAUGUUGGGAAGAAAACCACUGAAACAGAUCGACAGCAAUGUCAUGGGAAACACACUGAACGAUAUAGGAGCCUUACUUCCUAAAGGGAAAAAGUAUACAGUCUCAGUAGAGGGUAAUAUAGGCUGUGGGAAGACCACAUUAUUGGAGUAUUUCAGGUCUUCUCCUAAUGUUGAGGCUAUACGAGAACCAGUAGAACAGUGGACAAAUAUACAAGGUCAUAAUGCAUUGGCUUUGUUGUAUGAAGACCCCCAGAGAUGGAGUUUUACAUUUAAUUUGUAUGCACAGUUAACCAGGAUACAAAUGCAUGUCAAGCCUCAUAUGAAACCUGUAAAAAUGCUGGAGAGAUCUCUUUAUAGUACUAGAUAUUGUUUUGUAGAAAACGAUUUUAGAAACAAAACAAUAAAUGGUAUGGAACUUGGUAUUUUAAAUGGAUGGUUUGACUUUUUAAUGGAGAGAGAAAAUACUUCAUUAGACCUCAUCAUAUACCUCAGGGCUGAUCCACAAGUAUGUUUUAACAGAAUAAAGAAAAGAUCAAGGAAAGAGGAGUGCAGUGUUCCUUUUGAAUUAAUCCAGUCUUUACAUGACUUACAUGAAGAAUGGUUGAUACAACACAAGAAAUUUAAACUUCCUGCCCCUGUACUGGUGCUUGAUGCAAACAAAGAAUACUCAGAGAUAACACAGCUGUAUGAAGAUAAAAGACAAGAAAUUUUAUGUGGAUUUCACUGAUAGGAGUUGAGAUGUGUAUAAGUGUGAGAUGAAUAUGUGUGUAUACAAGCAGUGCAAUAGUGAUUUCAUGUUAGUGUCUAAUGUUACAUUUGAUUGAAUACCGUUUCAUGUUAGUGUAUUAUGUUUUAUAUGAUUGUUAUGUUGAAUUAUGUAUGUGAAUGUUUUGAUUAUUUAUUAUUUUCGAAAAAUACCUUGGAAUAUUAUUUAGUUGACUUGUGUUUUAUUAGGGUAGAAUUCAAAUAUGUCUGGAUGCUCUUAAAAGAUGUUAAAACGAAACCAUUAGAUACAUACCACACAUUUAUGUUUUUUGGCUAUAUUAAACUUGCAUGGGAAUUAAAAAAUUUUUUUUAUGUAGCAAUGAUACUUUCAAGAUGACAGCUGAAUUUGUUUUUUUGAUAGAUUUUCUGCAAGGUGUCGAUGUUAUGCAUUUAAAUCAUUUUUUUAUGUGCAUUUAUUGAAUAACAUUUCAGUAUGAUAGUUAUUGAUAAACAUAAUUGUAUCAAAGUUAUACAUGAUCUCACUGUAAUGUAAUAUCUUUCAAAGUAUUUUAAACUGCAUUUUAUUGAACAGUAUAGUCAUGUAAUUACUGUAUUUUUUACUCUCAGUAGAUUGCUGAGAGAAGUUGAAUUAAUAGCUAUUCAUUUGGUAACACCACUGCCGUUAUUUAAUGUAAUUGUUGCUAAGUACUUUUGCCACAGUAUCCAAAUAGUAUCAACUAUAAUGAACAAAAUUGACAUACAAAUAUAACGAUCUGAACUCACUUGGUUCAAUUUCAUCUAUCUCAAUGUGACUUGUAAUUUUAAUGAAAUCUUAUUUUGACAUCUUUUAUUCCUAUUCCAUUUGAAAUCUAAAAAAAAAAAAUACUUAUGUGCCUUAAAACUUACAUACUGAUUCAAUUUCAUGUAAAACAAGUUUCAAACUUGCAGUGUUUAGGUACUGUGAUGGAAGCCGUUAUUUUGUGUUCCUAAAGUUAUUCAAUACCUCAAUUAUAAUUUUAAAGUGUUCAAAAUUUGUAUGAAAAAUCAUUUUUUGUAAACCACGGUGCUUAUUUUUUGCCACAGAGAACUAGCUCAUUUUAAGAUUUUUCAAUUAUUGAUUUAUUUACUUGUUUGUUUAUGUUUUUGUUAUUUAAGGAUGCUGAAUUUUGUUUACAUUUUACCAUUACAUCUGAGCUUUGAUGUCAUUUUUUUCAACCCUAUGUCACAAUGAAAGUACUGUUGACUUUUCUAUUUAUUAUUGCUCAUUUGAAGAAACUUUAAUAUUGAAUUUGAAAUGAGGUUCAAAAAUAUGUUUUAGGGAUAAAAAUAAACUUUAACUUUUGUAGAUAUUGUAUCAAGUAUGCAAAUUUAACUUAUUCUUGGAAUAAUUAUAAAAAAGUUGUGAAAAUGUAUCAGCCUGAACACUUAGUACCCAGGGGAUAUAUAUUGGGUUGCAUUGUUCAGCAAGAGGGUUACUGACCAUGUGACGGCUGUAUAGCUAGUCAAGGUUGUUAAAAACUCGCAUCAUCAGCAAAGAUGGUUGAUGUAUAAUGGUAGUUAUGCUAUCAAAUUUGAAAUCUUGCAGUUUUGGCAUGAUUGUAAAGACCAUUUUAUAAAUUAGAGAGGAUGACAUUAACUUGUAAUUUCAUGCAUCAUGAUCUCCAUUCAAACCAUUAUUGAAAUAUUGAACUCUGUUAAAGUCAACUGCUAGAUUUAGUCCCAAUCACUCAUUGGUAGUCAAUAAUAUUUUAUACAUGAAUGUCGAAAUAAAGAUUUUAUAUAUA